AUGCGGUACUGGCUCAUUACCUUCAUUUUGAAAUUGGUGCUACACAAGACUAAUGUUUCAAAAUGUCCCUUCCAUCAACUUCCACAACUUCAUUCUUUGAAAGAUGAAUUAACUGACGAGGAUUUAACUACAUAUCGCAAUUAUUUACAAUCAUUGUACGAUGAGAUGGUGGAGCAAUUUCAAAAUGUUAUUGUGCUGAAUAUUCCAAAUUGGUAUAGCAAUCUGUUUGAGGUUGAUGCAGUCAAUUGUGAAGAUGACAUUCAGGAGGAAUUGACAGAAUUACAAGAUGACAAUGACGGCCACAAUGCGAUAUCGCCAUAA